AUGCAGAGCUCCACUGAUGGCCUCCAGCCAUACGCCUCCAUGGCAGGAAAGCUGGACUCAAAACUUCUCAAAGCCCUUGAUGUUAUGGGAUUCGAAUCCAUGACGCCUGUCCAGCAGCGUAUUCUAACCGAACUCCCGGACUGGCGCAGCGACUGCCUUGUACAGGCGAAAACAGGGACUGGCAAAACCCUUGCAUUUCUGCUACCUGCAUUGCACUCUUUACUACAGGGGCGUUCAGCAGCACCGCAUGGCCAAGUUGCCAUUUUGAUUAUCACGCCGACGCGAGAGCUCGCCCAGCAGAUUGCAAAAUCGUGCGAUCAGCUCACCUCACAGCUUGCGAAGCCUCUUGAGUGCCAUAUCGCAGUUGGUGGGACGGCUCGGGCAUCCGCCCAUUCGCGCUUCAUGAAAGGAGCGCCGUCGAUCCUGGUCGCAACACCGGGACGACUAAAGGACUACCUAUCCGAUCCUAAUACAGCGCAGAAAUUGUGCAAUAUCCAGACUUUGGUGUUGGAUGAAGCUGACAGGAUGCUCGAGACGGGCUUUCUAGCUGACGUGAAGGAAAUUCUGAAGCUUAUCCCACCCAAGAGCACUGGCUGGCAAGGUAUGUGCUUCUCAGCCACUGUUCCACCCAAAGUCAAGGAUGUGGUUAGUGUUGUGUUGAAGCCAGGCUACAGUAAUAUUUCAACCAUUGAGCAACAUGAAGCGCCUACGCAUGAGCGAGUUCCCCAGUACCAUGUGGUCAUACCGUCUGUGGUGGACACAUUUACUACACUCACCUCGCUUCUUAAGAUUGAAAUCAAGAACAGCUCGAAGAUCAUUGUCUUCGGUGUUACUGCCAACAUGGUUGCUCUUUUUGCCAACGUAUUUUCUAAGGGAUUGACUCCUUUGAAGGUGUUUGAGAUUCACUCCAGACUCAACCAAGCCGCUCGCACAAGAACGACAACCCAAUUCAAAGAAGCAGAUUCGGGAAUCCUUUUCGCCUCCGAUGUUAUCGGCCGCGGAAUGGACUUUCCUAAUGUCGACCUAGUCAUCCAGAUCGGCCUGCCAUCAAACGCCGAACAAUACGUACAUCGUGUUGGCCGUACUGGCCGUGCAGGAAAUGAGGGCCGCGCAGUCAUCCUUCUCACAGAAUCCGAAUCUUUUUUCAUGAAGAACAACCGCCACCUACCCAUAAAACCCCACCCCGAGACCGAUGCGAUCAAUGCAGGUGCGUCUUCAUGCACUGAAGCUGUAAUAAAGGCCAUGUACAGCAUUGAAGAAACCACAAAGCAACGCGCCUACUCUUCUUAUAUAGGCUUUUUCGCUGGAUCAGGUCUAAUGAAGCAGCUCCGUCUUGACAAGCCUGGCAUUGUGCAGCUCGCAAACAACCUGGCGAUGCAGGGCAUGGGGUGCCCUGAGCCUCCACCUAUGGACAAGAAGGUCGUUGGAAAGAUGGGCCUGAAAGGUGUCCCUGGCUUCAACUACGCGAGCGGGGAGAGUUUGCGCCCUGCUAAACCGCGCGGUCCUCCCAGGCCCAAGUCUCGUGAUGACAGCCCCUGGAAAGGCAAACCACGCACUGCUUUGAGUCCUUCAGCUGGCCGGGGAGGCAAUCAUGAAAGGGUCGAGAAGAACAGCGGACCGCGUUGGCGUGGUGGGCGCGGCGGGCGCGGUGGGCGAGGUGGACGCGGCGGACGUGGAGGGCAGUGA